AAUGAGAAGGGAGCCUUUCAAAGGAUACUGCCAAGUUGGCUGCAGCAGAGAGGCUGCAGGGCAGAAUGGCAGCAAAGAGUUAAGAAGAAAUGGCUCGGAACUGAGCAGGGUCGGGCUGUCAGAGCUCUUGUGAACAUGGAAAUGUUUUAGAUCUGCCAUAAAGCUCCUCCUGGCCUCUUGGUAGUGUGCAGCUUCUUCACAGUCCGUGCUGAGGUGGUGAACUGGUGCCAGUGAUGCCAGCCCUGCGAUGUCUCCACACAAAGCCUGGCUGCUCUGACUGCAGCCAUCCGCUUCCCCAGAGGUCAGCCUAGCACUGCUGAGAGGGAGAUCCUGGCUUCAUGUCCCCCUGCUUGGAGUCUGCUGGGGCAUAAGAGAGAGUGGCUUCCUGCAGGGUCCUAGAGUUUCCAUGUCUCCAGAAGGACAUAUGUGUUUCCCUGUAGUUUCUGCCCCUCUAUGGAUCUUCUCUUAAGUGCUGCAGUGUGCUGAGAGCUGUGCAGGACACAACCCCAGUUCCUACCCCAAUGCUCUUGGAGCCUAAAAGAUGGACAUAGAUUAGGUAAGAGCUCCUGCCGAAGAGAGUGCUUAAAACAGUGUGCUGGGUUGACUUUAAUUGGAGGGCGAAGGCCUAAAUGCCUAGUCCUGGGAGACAUUGCCUUGGUAGCCCUUGUGAGCCUUCUGGAAUGGUACCAGGAGGGGAGUCUUGUGCACUGGGAUUGGAAGGGCCAAUUACCAAAUUCUUCUGCUGCUGCUUUUAUGGCUGGCCUAAAAAAUCCAUCCUUCCCUCUCCCAUCCUUCCUACUACAACCCUGGGCCAUUCCUUGGUCACCUUCACUACUGCCACCUCAUCCUCUCCCUUCCAGUGCUGCCACAAUCCUCUUCCUUUCCCUUGUCAGACCCUUAUUUGCAUCCCUCCACGACUCCCCAUCACCUUCCAUAUCAAGUUCCAGCUUCUGGUCUCCUGCCUGCCCCUCUAUUCUCAUGUCCUUUCCCCCAAACUCCUCUUUAUAACUUUCUGUCCAAUGUAGCUUGCUUGAUGGCUUGCAAGUUUACUAUCUUACAGCAUCUUGGCAUUACUCUUUCUACCCUGUGUCCCUGGUGUGUUUGUUUCACGAUGUGAAUGCUGGCCAGACAGUGGCAUUGCUACAUUUUCCCAGCUACUUCAUAACUAUUUUGUAUGGGCACUGCAUAUUAAACAGGGUAAUGCAAACCUGCUUGCUGCUCUAAGGAGCUCUGCAUCUUAAUUCAGACAAUUAGGGAACCAAACAACAUUGACGCAAGACGGGAUCACAGGAGAAGUGAAACUCGUGGAAAUUCUGAGUAGCUUUUUUUUGUUUAAAGUAUAAUUGUUACACAAAACAGUUUGACUAAACAGAACUGCAAACUGCGAUAGACUCAAUCAACCAACAACUUCCUUUGCUUACAGAGUUUCACCAUCCACACUCCCCAUACAAAAAUCUCGUAUGGGAAAUCAUUCACUGCAACUGGAUCUUUUUGGUCUAAACUCUGCGGGAGGUUAAGGAUCUAUUGAAAAGUAAUCAGCAGACACAGUGACUUCACUGCAUCAACUAGCUGGUGCUUAGGAGCUAACUUAACUGUAAAGAUAAAUACAUGGCACAGGGAGACUGAGGCUAUCCUGGACAAAUUAUUCAGGUAAACCUUAUUGAAUGAGGUGUAAUACCUUUGAGAUCCAUUAUAUUAAUGUAAUUGAGUACAUGCUGUUGAGCAGAAGGAGCAGUUGCUAAUGUAAUUCCUCUGGUUAUCAGCCCUUUGAAGCUGGAGAGGUUCGCAUAUACUACUUGAAACUGCAUUCGAAGGUUAAGUUGUGAUGAACUUGAAACCACAAGGAAACCCAAGACUGCUCCUGCCAGAACCCAUGUUAGGGUUGGGAUGAUCUCUGGUUAUUGGCAUGUGUGUAGGUUCUUUUAUUAUUUUUGUUUUUUCUCUGAAGUGCUUCUACCCUAAGAAUGAAUAGACUUCCAUUAAAGAGCUGUGUGGAAAUUAGAACUGUGGGUAGUCACUGCUAAGUGUCUCUGAAGAGAAAGCAAGCAGCACUGCUGGGGCAGCCUCUCUGCUGGGAGUAACAGUGAAGGCAGGGCACUGUUCCCCUGGAGAUCCCUCUGUCAGAAGGGUGGAGGAUGUGUCUCCAUGCCAGAGAGGUGAUAGCCAGGGGAGCCUAGCAUGGGUGCCCUUGCUGGACCAGAGAGGGGAAAUACAGGUGCAGUUGCCCUGAACUGUGACAGCACAUACAUACUGUAGUGACAUACAGACUCGUGCUAUCUAUUGCCAUUGAGGAGAGGGUGAGUGCAGCAAUAGGAGCAAACUGUCAGCCUAUAUUUUCAGCUAGGAUUGGGCUUUUUCUUCUUUGCAUAUGCUUGACAAAGUGCUGCUAAAAAGGAUACUAAAAAAUCACACUUGGAAUUUUUUUUACCUACUGUUGUUCCAUGUAACAAUUAAGAUGCCUGUAAUGGAAGCAAUAUGAAAAAAAGUUUGUUUUAUCUGUAGAUUGACAGCACAUCAUUUAGUCAGUGUUACUGCUUCACCUGUCUGCAUGGGCCUUUUGAACUGUAACAGGAGCAAUGAACCCUCUUCAAAAGAUAAAACAUGGUUGUCAAACCACACACCUGGCCUGUGACCUCGGGCAAUUGUAGAACCUGAACCUGGUUGGUCAUUUUUAAAUGAAAUCCAUGUAAAAAGAAAUGGAAGUGUCCUUUAACUCCAGUGGUGUUUGGUCACUGAAUUUAGCCAAUCCAAUAGAAGGAGGAAAAUUAAUACCCAAAUGCUAGAUGUUACAAGACCAGAGCUGAACGCUCCUGGAUCCAUGAGUGGGUCCAAAUUUUCAGAUGUGGUUGGCAGCUCCCACUGGUAAACCCCCUUGGAACAUCUGGCCCCAAUCUCUUUCAGACCACCUGUGCAUGCAAAUGAAAGCUUUAGCAAUCCCAAAGCAGCCUUGUUCAGUUUACACUGUUCUUCCCAUUGUUCGUAAACAACGUAAUCCCUAACAAAGGAUGCUGCGUCCAUCAGCAGCUGUGUCAUUAGCCCUGGAGCCCUAACACACUGGCGUGCAUUGUUCUUGCUAGAGGCGAUAACAAUGCGCUAUUUGUCUGUGCAGGAGUGCCUGCGGCCAGCAGAGGGGGUUUCAGAGCUAUGGUUCAUUGUUGGAGACAAACUGCGGCCGGAGCCUUAGCCCAGGGCUCACAUAGUAGGUGAAAGAUAAGGUGGGUGAGAUACUAUUUUCUAUUGGACCAACUUCUGUUGGUGAGAAAGAGAAGCUUCCAAGCCCCACACACCUCCUCUCUCUCUCUCUCUCAUCCUGGGAGGGAUAGACCUACGUGCCCCUCCCCUGCAUGUAGUAUGGGAAAGAUGUUUUAAGAGUACAGCACAUUUAGUACAAACCUCCGUGCGGUUAGUGGUUGACUGCAGAAGAUGUUUGGAAAGCCUGGGAUCGCAGCUGUGAUCGCUAAGGCUGAAUUUGCUGUUUGGGACCAUACAACCCACGGACUUCAAUUAAACGGCCUCUGGUUACGUUCAACUGCAGAAGACCUAGAGAAACUACAACUCCCAGCAUGCAAUACUCUGAAUCAAGUGGCUUUUAUCCUAAAGGUGUACUGCCUCAUGGAAGCUGUAGCUGGGGCUUGAGGCAUCUCAAUGGAAAUAAAGUCCUGCAAUUGACUCGGCUUUGGCAGUUCGCAGGCCACUAGUGAAGCUAUCCCUUGGCCAUGGGCCUCUGUACUGGGUGACUUCUCCUAUGCUGGCAAGGAGGUUUUUUAACCUCUUGUUGCCAGCUACAGAAUGUAGAAUGCCAACUAGUCUGUGUGCCAUGAUGCUGUAGCCAUGUUGUCCAGGAUAAAAGAGAGAAGGUGGGUAAUAAAAUAUAUUACCUCCCCUGCCAUCACUCUCCAGUGCCUUGCUAUGUGGCCAGGCGUCUGACCGCCAGCUUUGGCUCCCACCUCCACGACAACCAUGAUUGGCUCUUCCACUGUUAGCUUGGGCAGGUCUGUUCCCACACCUAUCGAGAAGGGGAAAUUCCCUGAGUGACAAGGGUGUUGGGGGCUACUUCAGUGAGUGUCUGAGUUGCUCUGCUAGAAGGGUGCAUUUGUGCUGACGGGAUGUUUACGGAUUCAGGAGUGCCCCAGGGUCACACAUGCAGCUCUCAGGACCUUGCCAUCUACUCGCCACAGCAUGGAGCAGAGAACAGUUUUCAGCUCCAAGGUGGAAAGGCCAGGUGCAGUGACUCCAGCUCCCACCACACACAGCUGUAUCUAGGGGUAUGCCAUGGCGCUCUCUAACAACCACAUCUGCCCAGUCCACAACUGGAAUUAUAACCAGUCCUGUGGGCUGGAUGGCCCCAUUUCGUGCUGCACUCUGGAUCACAUUCCUCUGGUCAGCAAGUGUGGCACCUUCCCUCCGGAGAGCUGCUUCUUCAGCCUGAUCUGCAGCCUGGGCUCAUUCAUGGUGAUGCUUGUUGGCCUGCUGAGAUACGCCCACGUCAUCGAGUGUUGUGGGCCGUCCCUCCUCAACACCCUGGGGCUGGCGGCAGGCUGGAUCUGCGCCGCUGGCCUCACCAUGGUUGGCAACUUUCAGGUGGACUAUGCCAAGGUGCUGCAUUACAUUGGCGCAGGUGUAGCAUUUCCUACCAGCAUGCUCUUUGUGUUCCUGCAGUCGGUUCUGACUUACCGCAUGGCGAAAACCAGGGGCCACUACUGGACCGGCCACUUGCGCAGCAUCCUCUCUGCUCUGGCCUUCAUCACCCUUGUCUUCAGUGGUGUGUUCUUCGUCCAGGAGAGUUUUGUUCUGCAGCACGUGGCCGCCCUGUGCGAGUGGAUUUUCAUCAUCAACAUCCUCGUCUUCUACGGCACCUUCACUUUUGAAUUUGGGGCCAUCUCCACAGACACAUUCCUGGUACUCCUGAAAGCCAGCCGGGCUCCCAAGAGCUACAAAUCCGACAGCAGUACGGCCAGCACGCCACAUGGCCACAGCCACUCCGAAGGCCUGGCCAUGGUCUGAGGGGACCUGGCCUCGUCCCUGGAGAGCUGGGAUGGGCAGAUCGGCGAGACCGAAAAUCCAGACAUUGCCAGUGAUUCUCUUGCCUUGAACAUAUCCAGGAACCAAAGUGCCUCCAAUUUGGGGGGGAGGGGGAAGGAUUGGGGGCUGAUCCUGACUUCACCUCCCCUUCUGACUCAUGCAGACAAUACACUAAGAAAGUCUGGACCCACAGCCCCAGCAUCACCUGUGCCAUACAGGGGCUUUUUACCUCCCACCAAAGAGCUCUCACUGAUGGAGCAGAGAGGUGCUAAAAGGGGAUAGUGGGGAGGGGCAGGGAGUAAAUGGGACUCUGAGGUGGAAGCAAGGUUAAGGUUACGUGGUGCUCUAGAAGUCCUAGGGUUACUCUUCCUUGAUGGUGAGACACAGAGACAAUCAGAGCAUGAGCUGCCCUUGCAGAGGGGUGUUUAGCAUUGCCUCCUGGCUGGGUUUGGGGAGGGGGGGGUCUGCCCUGGUCGAAGGGAAGAGAGGGGGGGCAGAGAUGGUUAUGCCAUUGUGGGGCUGGAGGUGGAGGCAAAGAGGACUUGUUCUAUAGGGAGGAAGGUAGGAGAGGUGGCAGCAGGGAGGGGGCCAUGGGGAAGGCAGAGGGGCUGCCCUCUGGGGACCGUGGAUGGGAUAAGAUGACAAAGUCAGACAAUUCUUUGCUGAGAUGCCAGAGUCCUCUGGGGUAGGUAGGCCUGUUGAAGAGACUGCAAACGCCCCUCCUCUGCUCGGCUAGCUCAGGAGCAAUGGGGAUGCUUAUUGUAGACCAGUACCUGAUCUCGCCGGGCUGAUCAAGGGUGACCAGAUGGUUGGAGCCAAAAGGCAAGAUGCUUCUCUUCUCCCAGCAGGGUUAAGUCAUGCUGGCAUAUCUGGCUGUGAACAAAGUCUAAGUGAUUAUGGCAAAGGUGAAAUCUGUAGCAAUCAAGGUCUUUUAUAGAAGACCCCUGUCCUGUGGGCCCAUGUGGCCGGUGCUUACCUGGCUGAGCUCAUGCCUGAUGGCUACACAGGAGCGCCAUGGAGAAAGCAAUCCAUGUGCCAGCCACUCUGAUUUCAGGGAAGUCCCUAUUUCCAUGGGCUUUUCUCAGGAAUGCCCCCCUCCUACUGACCUGCUUCCUGCUUGUUCUCAGCCCAGAGCUGGCUUCCACUGAAAGUUCUUUGAGACAGGGAGCAGUUUUUCAUCCUGUGUUUGUACAGCACCUAGCACAGUAGGGUCCUGGGCUGAGUCGAGCUCCUAGGUGCUGUCGGACUAUAAACAGUAAAUUAGAGAGAGGUUUUAAGUUGCAAUGUGGCCAUACCUGAAUUCUUUCCACAGUCUUCCCCUUCUUCCCUCAAGUCUGCAUAUGUUUAAAGAAUUCUUUGCAUUAAGUAGUGCCUCAAGGCCCUAGUGUGCUAGGUGCUGUGCAGACACAAAUGCCCUAUGCUGAAGAGCCUACAAUGCUUCAGGCUAGAUCGACAUGUAAAACUUUACGCCCUUGGGGGUUAGUGCUCAGAGGAGAGGAUGACUUUACCCUUCUGUAGUGCUGCGUAAUUAGAUCCAGCACGGUUCUCCUGCACCUAUCCUCUUACAAUUGAGGCAUUCAGGGCACUUUGCUGUCAUUAGUGAAUUCAGCCUCCCAGCCCCUCGGAAGGUGGGUUAUUGUCAUUAUUCCCUUGUUACAGAGGAGGGAAAUGGAGGCAGAGAAAGAUGAAGUGACUUCCCCAACAUAAGCCUACAGCAGAUCCAGCUGUGACUCUUAGCACAAGACCAGCCUUCCUCUACUGCCUAUGCCUUAUAAAGUGCCUUGAACACAAUGUAAAAUGUUUAGGAACACUGGGGAUGUGAUUGGAAACUGCAUGCUCCCUCUGGGGAUGCUUUCUUGCCUUCAUUACGUGUAGACCAAGGCCAUCUCUUCCAAGGGAGGAUGAGUGGAUCCUAACCUAACUCAGGACAUGAACAAAGUCAGCCAGUCCUACCAAGUGUAAGUCACCUGGUCUCCUGAGGCUGAUCCUUACGAGACUACGGGAGGACGGGCUGGUGGGGGUGAACCUUAGAUGUGUAUGAGAGUGAAUGUAGUGGAUGUGUAUUUUUCCCCCUUGACGGGAGUUUGCUGCUACUGUGUGUGUUAAUGGGGCCCUGAUUCCUGAUUUUUCCCACCUUUCAAAGGGAAUUGCCCUGUAAAUUCACCAGGCAUGUGGUUCAGAGAGGAGUGUGAGGAAUAUUUUAUAUGUAAUAUAUGGAAAAUAUAUGUGGAAAAAUCAAUUUGCAAUAAUAAAAUUGAAAAC